CCGAGUUGGUAUGUGCUAAAUCCCUUUCCCUCUUCCUUGCGAGUGGCCUCCUACGAGAAACGCGGAGGGUCCGGCGGUGUGAUGCAUCUCCUUCUGUUGUGAUACCUCAAAAUCACCAGCGUCUUCCUCCGAGGAGUCACCGCCUGUACCGUCUACGUCCUCCUCUCCUUGAGCCAAGGGAGCCCUUCCCUGGCCGUGGGAGUUAGGGUUGCGACGCAGCGCCAAUGGUGGCCAUGGUGGCGGCGAGUUGGGGCGAACGAGCGGACGGUCUCCUUCAGUCUGCAAGAGCGGCUUGUGAGGUGUCUUCGAAGCUGAAGCAAUUGCGGCAACUCAAGGAGGUUCUUUUGAAUCGCGACACGUCUCUCUUGGCCGAGUUUGUUACACGCCUCGCUGAGCUCCAGAGUGAGCGGGCGAGUCCCAUUCGGAAAUUCCUUGCUGAGAUGAUUGGUGACAUAGGAUCCAAGCAUACAGAUGUUUUGCACGAGAUGCUUCCUUGUUUAAUAUCUUUUCUUGAAGAUGAAACUCCAGCUGUUGCUCGUCAAGCCAUCACCACUGGAACUGCACUGUUUGGCCAUGUGUUAGAGAAGCUUGUAAUUCAGGGUUUAUACUCCAAUGACAUAGAUGUUUCAUUAAAAUCAUCAUGGACAUGGAUGCUACAAUUCAAAACCACAGUAGUCCAUACUGCAUUCCAGUCAGGAAGUGAUGGAGUUAGAUUGCUGGCAGUUAAGUUUGUUGAGACAUUGGUUCUACUUUAUACACCUGAUCCCUAUAUUUCUUCAGAUCCACCUCAAGAAUCUGACUUUGAUGUAGGAUUCAAUAUUUCAUGGCUGAGGGUUGGCCAUGCUCUGCUUAAUGUUGGAGAGCUGGCUGUUGAAGCUAGUCAGAGCUUGGGAUUAUUACUUGAUCAGCUGCGGUUUCCACAAGUGAAAACACUUAGUAAUUCAAUGGUCAUUGUACUAAUCAAAAGUCUCUCAGCUAUAGCAGUGAAAAGGCCUUCCUUUUAUGGACGCAUUUUACCAAUUUUACUUGGUUUGGAUCCAGCAAUUUCAGUUGUUAGUGCACAAGUCCCAGGAUCACACCACGCCCUAAAAAAUGCCUUCAUUGCCUGUUUGAAAUGCACACACUCAAGCGCAGAACCGUGGCGAGCCCGCUUGACUGAAGCCUUAAAAGCCAUUGAUACUGGUGAGUCGAUCGACCAGGCAACUAAAAAGAACUAUAGGGAGUUUUCAAUUAGCACUCAAAACUCAUUACCAGGAAAGGGCGAUAAUUCAUCGAUGCACACAUGUGAUGAGCCAAGUAGUGAUCUUGCAAAUAAGAGGCUUAAUGCUGAAGUGAGCAAUGAUUUGCUGCACGAUGAUGUUACAUCUAGUAAACGAAUUAGGCUGUCAUCUGAUAUGGAACAAGAUCUUCCUGAAGAAUCCUCUAAAUUGUCUGCUGAUCAAGUUGAGGACAAGCUUCCUCUUGUUGAUUCUGUACCUAAUAAGGAUAAGAGCCCAGGACCUGUACAACAACUUGUUGCUAUGUUUGGUGCAUUGGUUUCUCAAGGUGAAAAAGCCGCUGGUUCCCUCGAUAUCCUUACUGCAAGCAUCUCCUCUGACUUGCUAGCAGAAGUAGUUAUUUCUAAUAUGCAGCAUCUCCCUCCAAUAUGUCCUAGUAUGGACAAAGAAGGCAGUUCAUCCUCCAAAAUGGUCUAUUCCUCUGUGUUGCCCACUGUGCAAUUGCCUUCACUUGUUUCAGAUAUUCGUUCAUUAUCAAGUUUGAACCCUCUUCUAGCAUCACUACUAGUGCCACCUUCACUAUCUUGUGAUGUUGAUUUGCAGAAAAAUCAUCAGAAUGAUGAUGAAGAAAUGACUGACAGAACGCAAACAACCUUAGUUGAUGGUAGUGCAACAAUAGCUCCCAGUUUCCCUGCUUCUGUUUUACCACUUCCACAUGUUGCUGAACAUGGCCAUUCAGCUGUUUCAUCAAUAGUGAACUCGGAAAUGGAUGAGAGAAAAAUUCCUGGUGUUGAUUCAACCAAUUCUUCUGAUGAAAUCCAAGAAUCACAUGAUGCUUCUCAUUCUUCCAUCCCUGAAUUGAUUGAAACCAGCCAAGAUCUUAUCACAGGUUUAGGCAACACACUGCCUUCAAAUGUUUUAUCAGCUGAAUCCCUUGUCUCUGAUGUUACAGGAGCCCAGAGUACUGGAGUGAUUAAUCCUGAUACAUGUCAGGCAACUUCUACAUCAUCUAUUGCCACCUCAUUCCAGUAUGUUCUACCAAAAAUGAUAAUUAUGGAUGCAAACCUAACUGAUGAAUCUAAGGAUCAGCUACAAAAGGAGGCAUUUAUCCGUGUACUUGAUGCUUAUAAGCAAGCAGCAGGUUCUGGUGACUCAAUUACUCGCCGUUCACUGCUUGCUCACUUGGGAAUGGAGUUUCCUUUGGAGCUUGAUCCUUGGGGGCUUUUACAGAAACACAUUGUAUCAGACUAUCUGGAGCAUGAGGGGCACGAGUUGACUUUGCAUAUCCUAUACAGGUUACAUCGGGAGACAGAGCAGGAUCAAGACUUUCUUUCAUCUAGAACUGCUGUAUCAAUUUAUGAAACAUUUCUAUUGACUGUGGCAGAAUCUAUCCGUGACAACUUCCCAGCCACAGAUAAAUCACUCAGCAGAUUGCUUGUUGAAGUUCCUUACUUGUCAGAGGGUGUUUUGAAGUUAUUGGAGGGUUUGUGUUCUCCUGACCGAAUUGAGAAACAUGAUAAGGAUUUCCAAAGUGGGGAUCGGGUUACUCAAGGCCUGAGUGCUGUAUGGAAUCUUAUUUUGCUUAGACCUUCUAGUCGAGCCAGAUGCCUCCUUGUUGCUUUGCAAAGUACAGUGCAUCCUACAGAAGAAGUGCGGAUGAAAGCGACACGCUUGGUAGCAAAUAAACUAUUUUCUAUGUCAAGCAUUUCUCAGAAAAUUGAAGACUUUGCUCGUGAAAAACUUCAUUCAGUUAUUGAGGACGUUCCUGUUAUGGUGCACAUGGAGGAUGAAGAAUUGUCUUCUGAGCUGCAAGAGGAGGCUGGCGUCAGAAAGAAAUCUAAUGAGGGGCUUAAAUCUGACAGUGGAGUAAUGUCUACUACCCAACUAGAUCAAAGUGUGAUGUCCUCUCUGACAAUGGAGGCACAACGCUGCAUGUCACUUUAUUUUGCACUUUGUACUAAGAAGCGUUCUCUUCUUCGUGAAAUUUUUGUAAUAUACAAAAGCAUAUCAAAGGCUGCAAAAGAGGCAGUUCGCCUUCAGAUUCCCAUCUUGGUUCGUACUAUUGGGUCUUCUUCUGAGCUCCUCAGAAUAAUCUCAGAUCCACCAGUUGGAAGUGAAAAUCUUCUUAUGCAGGUCUUACAUACAUUAACAGAUGGGAUAGUCCCCUCACAAGAAUUGAUAUCUUCUGUUAAGAAGUUAUAUCACUCAAGAACUAAGGAUGUAGAGAUACUGAUUCCAGUAUUGCCAUUUCUAUUGAAAGAUGAGAUCCUCCCAACUUUUCCCCAGCUUGUCAAUCUUCCCCGUGAGAAAUUUGAAGAUGCCCUCAGUCGUGUGCUUAAGGGGUCCCCAAAAACUGGCCCAUGCCUGACACCUGCUGAAGUUUUAAUCGCCAUUCAUUUGAUAGAUCCUGAAAAGGAUGGGAUACCUCUAAAACAGAUUACUGAUGCAUGCACUGCUUGCUUUAAGCAGCAUAAUAUAUUUACACAACAGGUGUUGGCAAAAGUUCUGAAUCAACUAGUUGAACAAAUACCUCUACCUAUGUUAUUCAUGAGAACUGUCAUUCAAGCAGUAGCUACAUUCCCAUCAUUGAUGGAUUUUGUGAUGGAAAUCUUGUCUCGACUUAUAAACAAGCAGAUAUGGAAGUACCCUAAGUUAUGGGUGGGGUUCUUAAAAUGUGCUAUUCAGAUGAAGCCUCAGUCUUUUUCUGUAUUGCUACAGUUGCCAGCUGCGCAGCUUGAAAAUGCAUUGAAAAAGAAUCCUGUUCUGAAGCCUCCAUUGGUUGAGCAUGCUAACCAGCCAAACAUACGCUCAACUUUGCCCAGGUCAACACUGGUAGUCUUAGGGCUUGUACAAGAUUCACAAGCUUCUAGCCAAGCACAGACCAGCCAGAGUCAGGCUGCAGACACUGGUAGCUCCAAUGCAGAUGCUGCAACAGAAGUAACCCAAGAAUCUACUGCGAUUAGCUCAGGGUAGUUAUGUAUUUUGCAACUGAGUAAAAGAUAUGCAAAAGAAUCUUUUUUGUAAACGUCUGCUUCAUGAUUGACUUUCUACUGACUAUUGGCAAACCAGGCUGCAAGGUGGAGACUAGAAAAAGAAUUAUGCAGAAUUAAAGCAUUAAAAUUAGGUUUUGUUUCUAGUCCUAGUGUACAUCCUGUACUGAUUUCAGCUGGCGGCUGCUUUCGUAUAAAAAAUUUUGGUUCAAGGCUUGCAAUUUGUAUUAAAUGAAAUGAGUAAAUGCAGAGAACGGAGUGGUAUUUUGCGCUUCCUGCAUGAUUCUUGUGUAAUAUACUGGACGUAGUUAAAGAAAGGAUUUUGGUUAUGAAUAUUGUCUUGUGAUUUGCUAUUUUGAGAUUUUUCAGUCUGGGCAAAAAUUAAAAGAGCUGUUUUUUUCCCUUGUUCAUUACAUCAUCAAAGGUGUACUUUUUUUUAAAUUUAUCAUCACAAUGAUAUUUAAUUCAAUGUUUAAAUUAUUAUCCAAUCA